UGAGAUCGGAAGAAACUCCAAAAUUGUUGCUGCCAUAAAAAAAAUCUAUGUUUUAAGAGAGAUUUUUGCCCACUGGUUCAGAUUCUCAUAGGCUUAUUUUUUCCUACGAUCUUCGAAGUUUUUAUAAUUUAAAGAUAGGAUUUUUCGAUUAUGUGGUUGUGAUGGAGGAGGCAGAAUGAGAGCACGGUGUAAAUUUAGAGGAAGUCUGAGGGGAGGAAAAAGUUGCAGACGAGCAGGGCGUCAACGGCGGAGACGAGUCACACUUGGAGGCGGGUGUCAGUCGAAAUGGUACGAAAAGACACCGCUCUUACUACGGCCUACUUCGAUUCAAAAGGAUGAGAGAUAGUGAGAAGAUAAGGACAAAGAACGCGCGGGCCAAGCUUUUGUCGCUUUCUUGUGUUGGAUCAGAUCUCGUAACGAAGGAGAGAGUUUAGAUGUAUAUAGUAGCUCCCAUCACCACAUUGAUCACAUCCUUGUUAUCUUCCUCCGCUCCUUCCCCUACCUUCUUUUCUGGUUACUUUUACCGCUAAAUGAUGGAUGCUGCUACUCUGCCUCUUUGACGAGCAAACAAGGUGCAUCAAUUAGUCAACUUAGAAAGGCAUCUGUUGCAGUUGAGUUCUUGGAUAGCAAAAAGAAGUCAUAAUGAACAAAGCUAAGACAAGUAUCCCACAAAAGGUGAAGCGUUAUGUGGGAAGAUACGAGCUUGGUCGGACAAUCGGGGAGGGAACAUUUGCAAAGGUUAGGUUUGCAAGAAACUCCGAAACAGGGGAACCUGUUGCUAUCAAGAUCCUCGAUAAAGAAAAGGUUCUCAAGCACAAACUGGUUGAACAGAUUAAACGAGAAAUUUCAACUAUGAAGUUGAUAAAUCAUCCAAAUGUUGUUCGUCUGCAUGAGCUUAAUCUCAUUCAAGAUUGCACAUUCGGCGCUGUCAAAUGAAAUGUCAGAAAAGCAUGCUCUUGGAUAUGUAAUGGGCAGUAAAUCAAAGAUCUUUAUUGUUUUGGAAUAUGUUACAGGGGGAGAGCUCUUUGAUAAAAUUUCCAACCAUGGUCGAAUGAGGGAGGAUGAGGCACGGAGAUAUUUUCAGCAACUAGUGAAUGCUGUUGAUUAUUGCCAUAGCAGGGGGGUUUAUCACCGGGAUCUAAAGCUCGAGAACUUGCUACUUGAUGAAUAUGGUAACCUCAAAGUUUCUGAUUUUGGGUUAAGUGCACUAUCUCAACAAGUCAGGGGUGAUGGCUUGCUUCAUACAACUUGUGGAACUCCCAACUACGUGGCUCCUGAGGUCAUUGAAGACAGAGGUUACAAUGGGGCAACUGCAGACUUGUGGUCAUGUGGGGUUAUUCUAUUUGUACUAUUGGCUGGAUAUUUGCCUUUUGAUGAUGAUAAUCUUAUGACUCUGUAUAAAAAGAUAUCAGCUGCUGAGUUUACUUACCCAUCUUGGCUUUCUUUUGAUGCUAUGCGAUUGAUAGCCAGAAUACUUGAUCCUAACCCUGAGACACGAUUAACUGUCCCUGAAAUAUUGGAAGAUGCAUGGUUCAGAAAAGGAUAUAAACCACCUCGUUUUGAAGAAAAACAUCACAUAUGUUUGGAUGACAUCAAUGUGGCUUUCAGAGAUUCGAAAGAUCACCAUGGAGCAGAAAGAACCGAGGAACAACCACAGCAUAUGAAUGCAUUUGAACUGAUUUCAAUGUCAAAGGGCCUCAAUCUUGGAAAUUUGUUUGACAAAGAUCUGGAACUCAAAAAGGAAACUAGGUUUACAUCAAAGUGUCCAGCUAAAGAAAUCAUUAAAAAGAUUGAAGAAGCUGCAAAGCCUCUUGGCUUCGAUAUUAAGAAGAAAAACUACAAGAUGCGGCUUGAAAAUGUGAAGGCAGGGAGAAAAGGAUAUCUCAAUGUUGCAACAGAGAUAUUCCAAGUGGCCCCUUCUUUGCAUAUGGUUGAGGUACGGAAAGCAAAAGGAGACACUCUGGAAUUCCAGAAGUUCUAUAGGAGUUUGUCUACACAAAUAAAGGAUGUCGUCUGGAAAUCUGAGGAGGAUAUGAACGAUGAUAUACCAAAGUGACGGGGCCUGGAGACUGAAGACCUUCAUUUGGCCUUCUAUCUCAUCUUUGUAUCAUAUAUCCCUGGUUCUUUAAGCAGGCUGCUAGUAACUAAGCCCUCGACUGUUGAGAUGCAAGGGUUCUUUGGUGCCCAUUCCUUUUUUUUUUUUGAACAUUCUCUUGUUUUAUAUGCGGGUCAAAUAUGUGAAAGUCAUCUAUCUACUGUUGGAUAGCAUCGCCCGAGUUUGUGAAAGUCAUAUAUCCAUUUUGUUGUGUUUCAGGUGCGGAAAAAAAACUUUCAGAUUAAUUGAGCUCGUGAUCUCAGUGGCAUUCGCAUUCUCAAGACUCAAUUCUUGUGGUGUGAGAUUCGAUAUGUUAAUAAUAUGUAUCGAUCAGUCUCUUUUGUGA